AUGAAGAAUAUUUCGCGCACAGCAAUUCGACAGCAGCCAGCGCAACUUCACUCUUUCUCAGGCUAUCUAACAGAUUGUCUGUUACCUGGACCUGUCAGUGAUGUAACCACCAUCAACGCCAUCCUUCCUGCUGGUUCUUCAGUGAGCCGUUUCAACCCCCAGCUCUCCUUGUGGGCUCGAACUCUUAAUCGUUCUCCUUUGUGGUCUUCAUCCUUUCGGACGGAUAUCAGUUCACCCCCUACUUCUUACUCGGACAGACUUGGAUGGCUUGACCAUCUUUUAGAUGUAUUCGUUGCCAAAGAAGCAUUCUAUCAAAUUCUCGUCUUCUCAAGCUCCUUCUUAGAAGAAAAGCCUCUUUCUGAUUCACAUCUUCCCUCUCCUCGCUUUUGCCUCUAUCCUGCUCCAACCAUUGAUAUAAAAAGUAGACAGUCAUCUCAGAAGGAAUUCCGUGAAGUUGGGCCAUGUCCUACUUCUCUUUGCUCUGACCCAUUUUGGCUACUUGCCCAUUUGGUGGUUCAUCGUUUGCGUGUAGAGAACAGGGUUUGCUCUAGAGCCACACGUGAAUAUUUUGGGACCAACAGUGGACUUGAAGCCUGCUCAAACGAAUCAGAGGAAGGAAGUUGGAGCGAAGCGGAUCGAGGUUAUUCAAAAGCCAUAUCUUCUGCUUCCUGGUUCCCGUCUGUUGGUCGUAUGGCCUUGCAUUCCUUGCUACCUUUCGACCAUAAGGGCACUACCUUUUCAGCGAAAGAAUCACAUUCAUCUUUCACUUCUUCGCUGCCAGAAAACACCGUAACUUGGGCAUCACGGAUCUAUCACCAUGUAGGGCUGUUCGCUGUAGACUUGCUGCUGGCUAAAUCGGCAAAUUUCACUGACUAUGGUUCUUUGCAGGCUUCUGAGGCUUCUCUUGCUCGUAUAGAGGAGAUACUUGAGCGUAUUCUUGUAGAUUGUCUUAUUUUAUCUUAA